AUGGCGUCCGAAAAGCCCUUGAGGCGGUGAGGUGGGCGGGGCCAGCGUUCAGGCGGGAAGUAGCCAAGAUGGCGGCGGUUGCCAUGGAGGCUUCAGGACCAGAGAUGUCCUCUCAGAAAGAGAAGGCCGCAGCGGGGCCUAAUGGCGGCCAUUACGAGUUGCCCUGGGUUGAAAAGUACAGGCCUAUGAAGCUGUCGGAAAUAGUUGGGAAUGAAGACACUGUUAGCAGACUGGAGGUUUUUGCAAGGGAAGGAAAUGUCCCAAAUAUUAUUAUUGCGGGUCCGCCAGGAACGGGUAAAACCACCAGUAUCCUCUGCCUGGCACGAGCUCUUCUGGGCCCUGCGUUGAAGGAUGCUGUUCUGGAGCUUAAUGCGUCAAAUGACAGGGGCAUUGAUGUUGUGAGGAACAAAAUCAAGAUGUUUGCUCAGCAGAAGGUCACUCUUCCAAAAGGCCGGCAUAAGAUCAUCAUCUUGGACGAAGCAGACAGCAUGACAGAUGGAGCCCAGCAAGCCCUGAGACGGACGAUGGAGAUCUAUUCCAAAACGACGCGCUUUGCUCUUGCUUGCAAUGCUUCUGACAAAAUCAUAGAACCCAUCCAGUCCCGUUGUGCAGUGCUCCGCUACACCAAACUGACAGACGCUCAGGUCCUUGCCAGGCUCAUGAAAAUUGUCGAGAAGGAGAACGUCCAGUAUACAGACGAUGGACUGGAAGCCAUUAUCUUCACAGCCCAGGGAGACAUGAGGCAGGCACUGAACAACUUGCAGUCCACCCAUUCUGGAUUUGGUUUUGUAAACAGCGAGAAUGUGUUCAAGGUAUGCGAUGAGCCCCAUCCCUUGCUGGUGAAGGAGAUGCUUGGGCACUGUGUCAGCGCAAAUAUCGAUGAAGCUUACAAGAUUCUGGCCCAUUUGUGGAAGCUUGGCUACUCACCUGAAGACAUCAUUGGCAACAUUUUCAGAGUGUGCAAAACCUUCCAGAUGGCCGAGUAUCUGAAGCUGGAAUUUAUUAAGGAAAUUGGCUAUACUCACAUGAAGAUAGCAGAGGGAGUGAACUCACUCUUACAAAUGGCAGGCCUACUAGCUCGGCUCUGUCAAAAGACAGCUGCCCCUGCAGCAAGCUGAGAAGCAAGAUGGUGGCCUGGGUUUGUAAGGAAGAGAUCCGGUGGGCCAGUUCCAGGCGUGACGGAUUUGGAUACAGCUGUCCAACCUCUUUUAUGCUUUCAUUGACUUGUAGAUUUUAGGAAACAUUUUGCGCUAAAUAAAGUUUGAUACAGAAAUGGCA